AUGACAUCAGACUUGAAUAUCGCUGAAGAUGCGGUUUUGCGUAAGUCGACGGCCGUACCCGAAGGGUGUUUAGAGGUUCAUGGAUAUGAUUUCAAUAAGGGAGUCGAUUAUGAUCACUUGAUUGAUUCUUACUUAACCACCGGACUACAAGCGAAUUCUAUGGGAAAAGCUAUCAAGGCAAGAGAGAGCCAACUUAUGGGCGAUGAGACUUUCCCGUAUCCAGUAGGUAAGAAGAAGCCAGCUUGUACGAUAUUUCUGGGCUAUACGAGUAAUAUAGUCACUUCAGGUCUUAGAGAGACAAUUCGGUAUCUAGUAGAACAUGAAAUGGUUGAUUGUUUAGUGACGAGUGCGGGUGGUGUGGAGGAGGAUUUGAUCAAGUGCCUUGCACCUUCCUAUAUUGGUGCAUUCGAAUUGGAUGGUGCUCAGCUGCGUCGUGACGGUAUUAAUAGGGCUGGCAAUAUUUUGAUACCGAACAAUAAUUACUGCUUGUUUGAGGAUUGGCUGAUGCCAAUUCUUGACAUGUGUCAACAAAAACAAGACAAGCAUUCGGUGGAAUGGACACCGUCUAAGUUAAUCGCUGAAUUAGGUGCGCAAAUCAACGAUCCAUCGUCAAUCUGCUAUUGGGCGAGUCGUAAUAAGAUUCCGAUCUUUUGCCCUUCGCUGACAGAUGGCUCUCUGGGUGAUAUGUUAUAUUUUCAUUCGGUACGGAAAGGUGGACUGAAAGUGGAUAUUGUUGAGGAUGUGCGUCAUAUCAAUACGAUGUCAGUGAAGUCACACCGUUCAGGCGUGAUCAUUCUGGGUGGCGGUGUUAUGAAGCAUCACAUUAUGAAUGCGAAUCUGAUGCGAAAUGGCUCAGAUUUUACCGUUUAUAUUAAUACUGGACAGGAAUUUGACGGUAGCGAUUCAGGUGCUCGACCGGACGAGGCCGUUAGUUGGGGUAAAAUUCGGGGUGAUGCGAAAUCAGUGAAAGUGUUUUCGGAUGCUUCGCUUGUGUUCCCGUUGAUUGUGGCAAAAACAUUCGCGAAACACGUCGCCGAACCAAACAAAAUAACGAACAUGGCAGGUAAUCCGAAUGACACGAAAUAA